AUUGUACGGUCAGAAAAUAGAGUCGAUGAACCCAACAACCAAAAAAAAUUCAGAGGAAGAUAGACAACAGGUGAAACCUAACUACAGACAAUGAAGAUGAAGAAGAAGAACUCCAACACUCUCUGUCUCUCUCUCCAUUAAUGUUUCUAUAUUCAUUUAUGGAAGAGUCUGUCAGAGAGAGAGACUAGGGUUUAACUGAAGAGAUAACCCACUUGCGGUGUUAAAAGUGUAUUUCAACCCUAAUUUCUGACAAUCAAAGCUUGUUCCAGUACUGAUGAUGAAUCUCUUCUCUCUCUUUCGGCCUCUUCCUCAAGCAUGACCUCAUCAUCUACUCGGUUUCACCUCUCGUCAAACCCUUCUCCUAUUGUUUUUCAUUAUAAUUUAUCCACGUUUUCUACAAUAUUUGUUUAGAAUUCUCAUGGAUGUAGUAGCCGAAACCUCACUUCUCAAUCCACCCACAUUCUUUACUGGUUCCAAACGUUCACUUCUCGUUCUGUAUCACCGUCAAUGUCAGAUUAGAACAAUAUCCACUAAGAAUUUCCUUAGAAAUCUCCGUUACUCUUCUCGAAUUCCAACCAAUUGUGUGGUUCCGUAUCGGAGCAGCGACUUAUUCAGUUCGAGAUUCCGAAAAAAUGAGGCUUUUGAUAUUGUAGCUAAAGAUAGUGAGGUUGUUCGUGGUGUUGAAGACUCGGUUACCGGUGUGAAUUUAGGGUUUCUCGAGGUUUCUGUUGUGAGGCGGGGAACUUUGUUGGCUGCUACUGUUUUUACUGUUUUAUUGUUUUGGUGUCGACGAGUUUUUGCAAUGGAGGGUGUUGUCAAUUUGGGUUAUGGGGUUAUAGGACAGAGAAUCUUGUUGUUGAAGAGUUAUUGGCCAAAAGUGUUGCAAGUUCUUAUGAUUUUCAAAGAGCAAGGUUUAGUUUUGGCUGCACUUCUGGGUCUCUCUGCAUUUUUUUCUAUGGCCGAAACUUCAAUUACCACGCUUUGGCCUUGGAAGGUGCGAGAGUUGGCCGAGAAAGAGCCCGAGGAUGGUGUCUUCAAAAUGCUUCGCAGUGAUGUUACUCGGUUCCUAACAACUAUACUUAUUGGCACAACUGUGGUAAACAUUGGAGCAACUGCACUUGUCACAGAAGCAGCAACGGCAGCAUUUGGCGAAGCUGGUGUGAGUGCAGCAACUGGAGUGAUGACGGUUGCUGUUUUGCUCCUCACUGAAAUUACUCCGAAAAGUAUAGCUGUACACAAUGCCACUGAGGUUGCUAGGUUUGUGGUCAGGCCAGUGGCGUGGCUUUCCUUAAUAUUAUAUCCUGUGGGAAGAGUUGUUACAUAUCUAUCAAUGGGAAUGCUAAAAAUGCUCGGUCUGAAAGGAAGAAGUGAGCCAUAUGUUACUGAAGAUGAACUGAAGUUAAUGUUGCGAGGAGCAGAAUUAAGUGGGGCAAUAGAGGAGGAAGAACAGGAUAUGAUUGAAAAUGUGUUGGAGAUAAAAGAUACCCACGUUAGAGAAGUAAUGACACCUCUUGUGGAUGUUGUUGCCAUUGAUGCCAGUGCAACACUCGUUGAUUUUCACAACUUGUGGGUGACUCAUCAGUAUUCUAGGGUGCCUGUUUUUGAGCAACGUGUUGAUAAUAUAGUGGGUAUUGCUUAUGCUAUGGAUCUUCUAGAUUAUGUUCAAAAGGGGGAGCUACUAGAAAGUUCUGCUGUGGGAGAUAUGGCACAGAAACCUGCAUAUUUCGUCCCUGAUUCAAUGUCAGUUUGGAACCUUCUUAGAGAGUUUCGCAUCAGGAAGGUCCACAUGGCUGUUGUUCUUAAUGAAUAUGGUGGAACUGUGGGAAUAGUAACCCUAGAAGAUGUGGUUGAGGAAAUUGUUGGUGAAAUUUUUGAUGAAAAUGAUUCAAAAGAGGAAAUCCAGAAAAAAACUGGUUAUAUUGUAAUGCGAGCAGAGGGAAUAUAUGAUGUGGACGCAAAUACAUCAAUUGACCAGCUUUCUGAAGAUCUCAAUAUCAAAAUGCCUGAGGGCCAUCAAUAUGAGACAGUGUCCGGUUUUAUCUGUGAGGCAUUUGGAUAUAUCCCAAGGACUGGUGAGACCAUAAAAGUAGUAGUUGAAAAGGGAAACCAAGAAGAGCAUGAUGAAUAUACUGAAGCAGAAUCUGACCGUCAAGAUGAAAAGGGAAAACAUCAAAUUUUUAAGCUUGAGAUAUUGGCAGGAAAUGCCAGAAAGGUGAGUGCAGCUCGGUUUGAACGGGUAAACCAUGAUGAGGCUAAAUCAAAAGCGAAAGAGGUAACACGCACAUUUCCUAAAAUUAUGAAAAGGAAAUGGAGUAGCAAUGAAGACUCAGACAAGACUGAUUAUGAUGAGGACUCCUACCAAAAGAGAGCAGAGAAUGACCUUUCUGAUGGCUAUAUAAUUAAUGAACAUGAACUUGAACAUGAACAUGAAGGUGAUCGUGAGCAUCUCGGUAAACAGUAGUAGCAUUCUUCACAUUCUUCCCGUUCUUGCAACGAAAAAAUGGGAGUAAGAAAUAAACCAUGUAAAAAAAAAUCCACAAAUGAAGAGAAGUAUCAAUAUGAGUUUUGGUGCAGAGUCCUUUGUAGAAACACGGCUGUCAUUUGAAGCUAUUGAUGCAUGCAUUUGGAGCCUUGUUAUAUAUUUUAUAUUAUUUAAAAAAGGGGGAGAAUCAGCAACUGUUGUGCAGCAUCCAAAAAGAGUUACUUUCGCCAAUCAAUCUUAGGAGUGGUGUUGUUGGUUUGGUGGAUGUGAAGAGAAAGGCAAAGGGCUUGUUAAGCGAGAAAAGGGUGGGGAGCUCGAAUUGUAGAUUAUGGUGGGAUUUCUUUGAUGGAAUAAAAGGAAGGGCUGGUAACUCUGUCGGUUUGUUCUGUUGGGCUUUCGAGAAGAUGGUUGCCUUUUUGGUUUGCUUUUGGAGGAUAUGUAUUUGUCAUUUUUUUUUAACCUCAUUAAAACGUCCUCUCUUGGUCUCUCCUUUUUGUAGAGGGCACAGCGUAAGGAGGUGAGGAUGUGCUAGUCAAGACAAGGGUUGGAAGAUGGAAUAAUUUUUGAGGUUCUGUUCAUGUUUUUAAAUUUACUUUGAUUGAGCCCUUUCCUCAUAUGGAGAGGAGAGAAAGAUAAGCCACCAAAAGGUACAAUUCCUGUCCUGUGUGUGUGUGUGUGUGUUUAAUAAGCACUUUUUGCGGUGUCUAGUUGCUGGAUGGUAAUGGCAUGGGGGAGGGAAAGUGACUGGUGAGAGAGAGUACAGGAAAACGAGUUGUGUGAGGGAAGCAAAAAUAUGAUGAUAGGCUACCAGAAUCGAAAUGGUUUGGAUUUUUAUGAUGGGAUGAUGGGUAUCAAAAGAGAUUUUAUUGUUUACAAGGUUGUGAUGUUCUGUGCUGAGCGGUUGCAGACAUUGGCUAAGCUGCCUAUACGGUCAUUUGAUUAUAUAUGAUUGAGUGCUUCUUAAGGUUACGAUUUUUGUUGCUGAUGCAUGCUGGAUAACUAGGAUCAAUGUGGUUGACCUCACUUUUUUUUUCUUUUUUUUUUUAUAAUAAAAAUAACAAUAUUGAGUAGAUUUGUCACCACUCUUUUGUUGUCUGUAUAUUUAUUUAGAUUUUUUUAUUGAUAAUGUGGGAAGAUUAUUGUGGGUGAAUCAACAAAUCCACAACACUUGAGACAAGGUAAAAGAUUGGUCCUCCAGCAGUUUAAUA